AAUCAUAGGAUACAGUAGACAUAGCCAAUAUCCCGAGGACAGCAUAGCCCGCACUGGGGAUAAGGCCCUUACAUUACAUGCAUCCUGAAAGCAAUCAUACUCAUGUAGAAACAGAUGGAUGGUAAAAUUAGUAUUAUCGAAGCUGUCUAUCUGUACAAAGCUGCCAAACCAACCCGGUCAGUCAUGGCCAACGCGCAAAACAGGCGUAUGCUUGAGUUGUGCGGGGGGUGUGAGUUUCUUUGUAUCUGUAUAUGUGCGGGUUUCAUUUGCCUUCUAUUUGGAUCUUUCUACAGCAGAAGAAAACGACAACGGAAAUGAGAUAGUGCCCGGAUCAGGGGGGAGAGUGUGUGACAAGAAAAGGCAGGUAUUAAUUAGAGAUGAGGGGGUAUUGACAUAUAAGCCCGUGUGGAAACAAGGGGGAUAUCAUCAGAAGCUAAUCGAAGCUGAAAGAGAAGAGAAAAAGAAAAGAUGAGAGAGAGAACAGAAAAGGAAAAAGAAAGAAGAAAAGAGGGCGUCAAGGUGGUCGAAACACAGGUUUUAGUGCUGCGUCUUCUGUCAUCAAACCGGACAUGAAACGAAUGAG